AAGCGAAUAGUUGAGUGAACAGCAUUCAGUUGUCGGAGAGGAGACCGCAGCAGUGUGUGCGCUAUAGGGAGCAGAUAUCACUGAGAGAGAGAAAGUCAGUGACUGUUUGAGAAUAGGCAUAAUUAGAAAAAGCUCAUGACAAAAUCCAUCGAUUACGUGCAUGGUACGGAUUAUGAUGUUUUAAACUUGAUAUAUGCAUUUAGAGGAAUCUCCUCAUCACUUAAAUAGCACUCCACAUCAUUGGAAUGUGCACUGCUGCCAUAAACGGACGCGUCUGAAGUAGCCCAGAGCUUGUUGAUUUGGCAGUGAAGACAGGCUUUUGGGUGUAAUCAGACCUGCAUUAACCAUCACAAACAAGAUGGUCCACGGUAGACGGGACUACUAAAAUACACAUUUUUUUCUCCCAAAAGCCUUAUACAUUUUGGGGACUUUCCUUGGACUAAUGGUAAUGGGAAUUGACGCGUUAAAUAAAAAAGGAUAAGAUUUUUUUCCAAAGUACACUUGUUCUUUGGCGAUGAUUGUGCUAUUCCUUCUUCUGUGUAUUACGAAUGGAGUGGUCUCGCAGAUACGCUACUCUGUGCCGGAGGAGGCGGAUCACGGCACCUUCGUGGGGAAUAUCGCCGAGGACCUUGGACUGGACAUGACCAAAAUCGCCUCGCGGCGCUUCCAGGUGGUGCCUAGCUCGCGGACGCCGUACCUGGAAGUGAACAUGGAGAACGGGAUUCUGUUCGUCAACGAAAGAAUAGACCGGGAGCAGAUCUGUAAGCAGAGUGCCAGCUGCCUAUUACACCUUGAAGUGUUUCUGGAGAACCCACUCGAGCUGUUCCGCGUGGAGAUAGAGGUCGUGGAUAUAAAUGACAAUCCGCCCAGCUUCCCCGAGACCGACAUCACCGUGGAGAUUUCAGAGAGCGCUACCCCCGGUACCCGGUUCCCUCUUGAGAGUGCAUUCGAUCCGGACGUGGGCUCCAAUGCGCUGCGCACGUACGACAUCACCACCAAUAACUACUUCUACCUGGAUGUGCAGACGCAGACCGACGGGAACAAAUUCGCAGAGCUGGUGCUGGAGAAGCCGCUGGACAGGGAGCAGCAGGCGGCCCACAGGUACGUGCUAACUGCGGUGGACGGGGGGCAGCCUCCACGGACAGGCACUGCUCUGCUGGUGGUCAAAGUGCUGGAUUCUAACGACAACGUGCCCGUGUUUGACCAGCCGGUGUAUUCGGUGAGCCUUCAGGAGAACGCACCGGUGGGGACCCUCGUUAUCCAACUGAACGCCACCGACUUGGACGAGGGGCAGAACGGGGAGAUAGUGUAUUCAUUCAGCAACCACAUAUCCAGCCGCGUCAAGGAUCUGUUCGCCAUAGAUGCGCGCACUGGACGCAUCGAGGUGUGCGGUGAGGUGGAUUUUGAGGAGAGCAGUUUAUAUCAAAUAUUCGUUCAGGCGAAAGAUCUUGGACCCAAUGCCGUGGCUGCACACUGUAAAGUCCUGGUGAAAGUGACAGACGUAAAUGACAAUGCUCCUGAGAUCACCUUUAGCACCGUGACUGAGUCGGUGAGCGAGAGGGCAGCCCCAGGAACCGUUAUAGCCCUGCUGAGCGUGACGGACAAAGAUGCCGAGGAAAACGGAAAGAUUCAUGUGGAAAUCCUCGGCGAUGUCCCGUUCAAACUCAAACCCUCCUUCAGGAACUAUUUCACCAUUGUAACAGACGGACCUCUAAAUAGGGAGAAUGCCGACUCUUAUUCAGUGACUGUAGUUGCCAAGGAUACAGGGACCCCUUCCCUCGCAACCAGUAAAUCAAUCAAAGUGCAAGUCUCGGAUGAAAAUGACAAUGCGCCAACGUUUACGCAGCCCAUAUAUGAUGUGUAUGUGACUGAAAACAAUGUGCCAGGUGCUUAUAUCCACGCUGUGACCGCUCUGGACCCAGACGUUGGACAGAACGCUCUCAUUAGUUACUCCAUAAUGGAUUGUGAUAUUCAGGGUAUGUCUGUCAAAACAUAUGUGUCAAUCAAUGAGGAAACGGGCUACCUUUACGCACUCAGAUCAUUCGAUUACGAGCAGCUUAAAGACUUCACUUUCAUGGUUAAGGCGAAAGAUGCAGGUAGCCCCGAGCUCUCCUCGAACGCCACGGUCAAAGUGAUCAUCGUAGACCAGAAUGACAACCCUCCCUCAGUCAUUGCUCCUCUGGGUAAAAAUGGCACUGCGAGAGAGCCGCUGCCCCGCUCCGCAGAGCCUGGCUACCUGGUGACCCGUAUCGUCGCCAUGGACGCAGAUGACGGCGAGAACGCACGGCUCUCCUACAGCAUCCAGAGGGGGAACGAGAACGGCAUGUUCCGUAUGGACUGGAGGACAGGAGAGCUGCGCACUGCCCGGCGCGUCUCAACCAAGCGGGACCCUAACCAGAUGUAUGACCUGUUGAUAGAGGUGAGGGACCACGGCCAGCCACCCCUCUCCUCCACCGCCAGUGUGUUCGUGGUGCUGGUGGACAGCGUGGUGGAGGACCACCGGGAGAGGGGCACCGCCAAGUCCAAGGAGACCACUCUGGACCUCACCCUCAUCCUCAUCAUCGCCCUGGGUUCUGUCUCCUUCAUCUUCCUGCUGGCUAUGAUCGUGCUGGCGGUGCGCUGCCAGAAGGACAAAAAGCUAAAUAUCUACACGUGCCUCACCAGUGAUUGUUGCCUCGGGUGCGCAACAUGCUGCAGCAGGCAUGCGCGAGCCCGCAAGAAAAAGCUCAGCAAGUCUGAUAUCAUGCUGGUGCAGAGCGCCAACGUCACCGGGGCCGGUACAGCCCAGGUGCCAGUGGAAGAGUCCGGGAGCUUCGGCUCUCACCACCAAAACCAGAACUAUUGCUACCAGGUAUGUCUGACUCCGGAGUCUGCCAAAACCGACCUCAUGUUCCUAAAGCCGUGUAGCCCAUCUAGGAGCACAGACACCGAACACAACCCGUGCGGGGCCAUAGUGACAGGGUACACUGACCAGCAACCUGACAUCAUAUCAAACGGCAGCAUUUUAUCAAGCGAGACCAAACAUCAGCGAGCGGAACUCAGUUACCUGGUGGAUAGACCUCGGCGUGUGAACAGUUCGGCUUUCCAAGAAGCGGAUCUCGUUAGCUCGAAAGACAGUGGUCACGGUGACAGCGAACAGGGCGACAGUGACCAUGACGCCACCAAUCGAGGUCACUCUACCGGCGCUGAUCUCUUCUCUAACUGCACAGAGGAGUGCAAGGCUCUGGGCCACUCCGACCGCUGCUGGAUGCCCUCCGACGGGCGCCAGGCGGCAGACUACCGCAGCAACCUGCACGUGCCAGGCAUGGACUCCGUGCCCGACACUGAGGUAUUUGAAAGCCAAGAGCAAACGGGCGAUAAGUCAUUCUCCACCUUUGGCAAAGAGACGCCCCUCAGCCACCUCUACCAAAACCACUACCAAAACCACCACAAAAACCACCUCCACCUCAGCCACCACCAUGCCACCCACGCCAACCAAGCCGCAGUAGAGAGGAAAGAGUUUGAGGCGCUUCUGUCUAGCACGCGAGCGCCUUACAAACCUGCCUAUUUGACGAGGAAAAGGGUUCGCUAGCUCCUUUCGCGUGGACAUACCAGAGACCGCAUGACUUUGCGCAAUCAGUCAAAACGACAAAAACUAAAUAGAGCAUCAAGUUCCAUUUCCUUAGCUGUACCACGUCUGACUGACAUUCCUCCUACGGAACACGGAACUCUGUGGACAACAUUCCCUCCGGAAUUCUAUUGGAACACUGGCGGCCUUGGAUAUUACUAUCUAUGGGACUCUGGAGGGGUUGGAAGUGGUGGGGACGGACAGAGAGACACGGUUGGGAGACGGACAGGCAGACAGCUCUACACGAGGACCCCACCGCUCUCAGCAGGACUGAGACAGAGUUGAAAACAGAACUAAUAGAGGGGGAGGAGAAUGAGGGAGGAGGAGGAGGACGAGAACGGAGGACGAGUGGGGAGGACGAGGAUCUCUCCUCUCUGAUCUGUGUGUGCCUGUUUACAGCACUAAUGUACAUCUUUUAAGAAGAAGAGAAAAAGAAAAAACAGAAAAAAAGAACAACAAAAAAAGACAGGAAACGGAACCACGACGUCACUGAGCCCUUUAGAUGUUUAUACUCACAGCAGAAGCCAGUUGUACAGGAGAUCUUUGUGCAUUUUACAUGCAAUGCCACUGUUUUAGACUUGACUGUUUUUCUAUUCAGUUUGUGUGGUCAGGUGUCUUCUCCUCAGAUCUACAGUACUUCAACUUUAUAAGGAAAGAUUGUGAUUAUUAUUAUUUUUUAAAGUUCUGCUUUUGCUUUUUUUCACAACAUAGUGAGUCUGGACAGUGAUGGGCUUCGCUUUUGAAUUCUAAGCUGUUCGGUAGUUUAUAUAAUGUGUGAGAAGUGUUAACUGUACUCUUUUAAAAAGCUUCAACAUGAAUAUAAAUCUAUAUAUAAAUCUAUCAAUAUAUACUUUUUCUGAAGGUAUGCUAUCUAUUCGGUGGGUUUCCUAUUGUGUGUAGACAGAGGUCCAUAAGCUGCUUAAAGUGCUGUAGAAGGCUUGGGAGGAUCUUACAGGUUGGCGGCAUUCUUACCAUGAAAACAGAAUGGCCUUAUCUUUCACGUGAAACCAAGUUUUCAUCCGGUUUGAUUAUUUAAUUUUUUCACAUUUGGAUAUUGAAAGUUGAAAUUCAUGUCUAUAAAUAAAAGUGGUAAUAAUUUAGAUUGAAUUCCAUGGUAAUUCUGUGUUAUUGUAACCAAAAAAGGGUCAAUUAAAAAGAACAAAUCAAAAAGUGGCCAAAUAAUGAAAGGUGUUGUACACAUGCAGUGUAAAAUCUAACAUACACACAUACACACACAGUCUUACACACAAACACACCAUAAUGCCAACAAUAAACCGAAAAAUGAGAAAUGUA